CUCAACUUCCACCCCCCAAUAUCUAUCCAUCAAGAAUAAGCUUGUUUGCACGCUUUUAUCGACUGGGAUAAGCCAUCUGGGCAUUUUAUACUUUCGCGACACCUUAGAAAGGUUUCUCAUUCGUAUCAGUGCUGUCGCGUCACGUUCGCCCAUCAUGGCAGCUGCGGAUGUUCGCGACAUGCUAGAUUUGCCUGCCAAUGGGCAACCCAGACCACACAAGAAACAGAAGGUCGUUGAGAAGCGGCCGGAGGGUAUAACUCGCGAACUCUUUGCCCUGCUCGGCGAAAAGGCACCUCCAAUUUCACUUACCGAAAAUAAAUACAAAUUAAAAAAGUCCAAUCGAAGAGCGCUUCCAUGGCAAAUGACAGACUUCAAAAACGAUGCGCGACAGGAUGGACUUAUUCUUCGACAUUGGCAACGACGGACGGAUGCGACGAACAAGCCUCCAAAACCGGCAGAUGCUAUGGCUGUGGACACCAACGAACAAGCCAAGGUUGAGACGCAGCAACCAGCUGAGCAGCCUUAUACGUUCGCCAAAUACAAUAUCAAACCCCAGCUUCCUAAACGAUACACCGAUGAGCAAUAUAAUCGGCACCUGCAAAAUGAUGACUGGACGAGGGAGGAAACAGAUUACUUAAUGGAUAUUGUUGAAGAAUAUGACUUGAGAUGGGUGGUUAUCGCGGACCGCUAUGAUUAUCAAGCCAAGUUUGCAGAAAAUAAUGAAGCGAAUUCAACAGCUCUCGUGACAGCAAAUCACGUUCGCACAAUGGAACAUAUGAAGUCGCGCUACUACACAGUCACGGCGACGAUGCUUGCUCUCGAACACCCUCCUUCAGAGAUGUCCGAGGCCGAAUUCGCAUUGCAUGAGAAGAUGAUGAAAUUUGACCCAGAACGAGAAAGAGCUCGCAAGGAGCUGGCUGCCUUACAGCUUAACCGUACUGCUGACGAAGUUCGCGAGGAGGGUGUCUUGCUGGAGGAAUUGAAACGUAUUGUCAUGAAUGAGCAAAAUUUCAUUGCAGAGCGCAAAGAGCUUUAUGAGAGACUCGACAUACCGUACCAUGUGGGUAACGCGACCAUGUACCAAUCGAGUCAAGGCUUGUCGCAGCUCCUGUCAACUCUGUUACAGGCAGAUAAGAGCAAAAAACGUCGCUCGAUACUCGGCACUGAGAGUUUGGCGAGUCCUGCCGGUCAAACACCAACACAAAACUUUCCAAAUGGUGCUCGCGAUAGCCAAGUAGAAACACCUACCGCGGCCACCUCAAACAACAAGAAGUUCGCAGCAUCUGCAGCGGCAGCAGCAGCAAAUGCUCCUCAGCCAUCUGUCAAGGCUCUUACCAAAGAGGAAGAGGAACGAUACGGAGUUCAACACCAUGAUCGUGUUACUCCUGGUGUGCAAUUCCGUAACGACAAAGCGACGAAACUGACACAAGCAAAAUCAAAUAUCCAAACACAGAAACUAGCUGCUGCACUCACUGAGCUCGAUAUUCCUCCCCGGUUGCUUAUGCCUACAGAGAAGGUGUGCAAAGAGUUUGAGAAGUUAAUCCAUCAAGUUAACUCACUUCUGGACGCUCGCAAAGUCGCGGAGAAAAUUGAAAGUGAAAUUCGAGUCCUCGAGGCUGCCAAGGACGAACGCCGCAAGAAAGAUUCAGAAGUGAACCCAGAGAAGGAGAAGGAGAAGACAAUCAAGGUAGAAUCGGAGGAUCAGCCUGGCGUGCCUAGUGGUGACAAAGGAGAAGAAACCACUCAGAGGAAACAAGAUAAUGGUGACUCGAAUGAUGCCGAUGAUGACGCUGCCCAAGAAGACGCAGCAGAAGGAGCCGUUGAUGCAGGGGUCGAGAAAGCUGCUGCAGUUAAAGAGAAGCAAGCAUCUUCGUCCCAUAAACGAUCUGCUAGCGUUCUCAGUGGUUUUAGUGACAAGAGCUCCAAGAGACAGCGAAAAUAGCUGUAAGGGAACCUAGCAUAUUUCGUGUCCGCCCCUAAUGUUUUAUAUGCGCGGUAUACGAGAGCGAUAUAAUUGUCUAGUGUAUGAUAGGUAUAUCUAAUGGUUAAUCAAAUUCUGUCGUGCAUCUUGCAUUAUACGAAUUUGACGCGACAUCUGGAGUCGUUUCAACUACAAUCAAUUAUUCUUACAGUGGUACCAUAAUGGGCCAUUAGUAAUAACCUAGUGAUUUUG